CUCACACCGUCACCGUCACCGUCACCGUCACAGUAACAGUCCCAGAUACCCCCAGACUAGAGAGACGAGAGUAGUAUUGUGCAGUAGUCAGUAGUAAUAAACCCUAAGAAUGGAUUCCCGGCGUGCGCCACGGACAAUAAUCGACCCAAAAGUAAGACAGGUGGGUUUCUUCGCCCCACUACCUGAGCGUUCACAAUCAACACCACCCCCAUUCCAACAACUAUCAUCUUCUUUAUCUCCACCUUCCUCUUCAUCUGUUAACUCCUUAUCUCCGGUCAUGAUUCCACCCCCACUUCCACCUUCAACAACACUUCAUUCCGUUGGUAGUUAUAAUCCCUCUGUCGGUGAUUUCUUCCCCGAUACUAAUAGUAAUACUACUUAUAAUAAUAAUAAUAGUAAUAAUAAUGUGAGUGGAAGGCCAAGGACUCGUGGUUUGGGGAAGUUUGCAUCAUCUUUACCUGCCGGUGCUGCCUUUGACUUACUCAAAGUCAAACCCAAAAGCUUGACCACAGUUUCCGUUGUUACUGCUGCUCAUAAUCAUCUCAAUGAUAAGGUUGGAGAACAAUCUAACGAAUCUCAAGAUGGACGUGGUGCAAACUCAAAGCCGUUGAAAGAAAAGACGUCAAAGGCCGAACGACGUGCUCUUCAGGAAGCUCAACGAGCUGCAAAGGCUGCUGCCAAAGCCGAAGGAAAUGCUGGUUCAGAGGUAGCAACUUCAGCAACCAUUAAAACUGGAAAAGUCUCCAAGUAUCCUGUUCAAAAGAAAGAUACUGUCUCCAUUGCAGCUUCUGAGAAAAGGGGAGGUGAUCGCUCUGCGGAUAAAGAUAGAAAGAAAGACGUCCCUCAUCCACGAAUGCAGUUUGAUGAUACAAAUCGUGUUGAGAAAGCUAAAAAGCGUGCGGUUGUUAAACAAACUGAAGUCAGGAACAGAGUCGAGCUCUUUCGGCAUUUACCUCAAUAUGAACAUGGGACAAAGCUUCCUGAUCUUGAAAAGAAGUUCUUCCGUCUCAAUUCAGUUCACCCUGCGGUUUACAAGGUUGGAUUAAGGUAUCUAGCUGGUGAUAUAUCAGGCGGAAAUGCUCGCUGUAUUGCGAUGCUUCAAGCAUUUCAAGAGUCAAUUAUGGAUUACUCAACACCACCAGAGAAGGUUCUUAACAGAGACUUAACAUUGAAAAUCAAUAGCUAUGUCUCAUUUUUAAUUGAAUGCCGUCCCCUUUCAAUCAGCAUGGGAAAUGCAAUCAAGUUUGUGAAGACCCUAAUAGCCAACCUACCAUUAACUCUAUCUGAAUCGGAGGCAAAAGCAAAUCUAUCAUCUGAAAUUAAUCAUUUCAUAAACGAAAAAAUAAUUCUAGCAGACAAAGUGAUAGUACAACAUGCUGUGACAAAAGUGAGGGACGGGGACGUUCUUCUUACUUACGGAUCCUCUUCGGCAGUUGAGAUGAUAUUAUUACACGCCUAUGAGCUUAAGAAACGGUUCCGAGUCGUUAUAGUGGAUUCCCGCCCUAAACUUGAAGGGCGGUUGUUACUAAGAAGGCUUGUGGGGAAGGGUAUUAGCUGUACUUAUGUCCAUAUAAACGCUGUUUCUUAUAUCAUGCAUGAGGUUACUCGUGUUUUUCUGGGUGCUUCAUCCGUUUUGGCAAAUGGUACGGUUUACUCAAGAGUGGGGACUGCGUGUGUUGCUAUGGUGGCCAAUGCUUGUGGCGUUCCUGUUAUAGUAUGUUGCGAAGCCUAUAAAUUUCAUGAAAGAGUGCAGCUUGAUUCAAUUUGCUGUAAUGAACUCGGGGAUCCGGAUGCCAUUUCUAUAGUUAAUGGAAGGAAGGAGAUAAAUUUUUUGAAAGAUAUUGCAGAUAAUGAAAAUCUGCAACUUCUCAAUCUAACGUAUGAUGCAACGCCUUCAGAUUAUGUUUCAAUGAUAAUAACAGAUUAUGGCGCGAUACCUCCAACAAGUGUUCCUGUGAUUGUACGAGAAUUCCGCAAAGAGCAGAAAUGGAUAUAAUGUGUGGUUUAAGUGGUUGGUAUUCAAAAAUGAGAGUUAUCUUGGCAUUUUUGCGGGAACGGAUAGUUGUGUAGCUGCAUGUUAAAUUAGUAGUCAUGUUGAGAGAGACGUGACUCAGUGAAGAGUGCGAUAUUCUGCCUCUCCGAGACUUUUUUGUAUUUUGAGUCUCCUUUUUACCCUAUGGACUCCUAUUAUGAAUUUAGAAGUCAUUUGAGUUGGGAGUUGUAAUGCAUUUUUGUUGUGGCUGGGGCUUUCGUCCCACAGGGGAAUAGGGAUGGAUGGUUUAAAGUAGUGUAGGGCAAUGUUUUCUGGUAGCCCAGCUGGUCAAAGAUGUCUUUUAAUCUUAGUACGGACCUUCGAUGGUCAUUAUUUUGGACUUUUAUUGUUGUAGACUUUUAUCCCUUAUUUUAAAUCCCUUAAUCCUGUAAUGCAAAAAACUUAGGUUACUCUUUCAA